AGCCUCGUUCUUACCCCUCCUUCCUCUCUUGGCGGGAAAUGCAGAGACUCCUGGGUGCUGCCGUGGCACCGUAGAGUUGCAAAUUGACAAGUGCUGUGUUUUCUGGGAAGACAUCCUCCCUCGCCCCUCAGCCUUUCCUUCUCAUUAGCGGCUCCUGUUUAAAAGUAGUGUUUCUUACUAACGCAGCGUUGUGUGCCUUACACCGACCCCUUCCUCUGUGGAAAACCGCUUCCAGGCCGCUGAGGGCACCCCUUUCUGUUUUACCUCCUUACUACCAAAGUUUUCCUGCUUACGCCCGUCAAUGAAAACCAGAAAAUUUCCUGUGUAAACCGUUCUAAAUAAGCUUGUUUACAACAAUCAGGUUGUUUUUUUUCUAUUUAAAUAAUACUACUUGCCUAUGUAAAAUGGAGCAACAGUUUUAUUGUGGCAUGUGGUCCUCUGUGGGAUUUUAGACCAAGGAGAUGGAAAGACCUCAUUUGGAAUUCAGGGAUUGAUCAACGAUAGUGACUCUGAUAAAUGCCACGUAAAUCCUUCUUAAAAGGGUUUGGGUUCAGAUCUGCCAUUCCCAACCGUGGUGCAGGGGUGCAGUCUGACCUUUGGUAGCUUAAGAACCAAGUCUGUUGCUGUCCAAUUUAUUUUUUUAAAGCCUUCCAUCAUGUGUGUACUUUGCUUGAAUGAUUAUUUUAAAGUACAUGCCCUAUUUUUGCCAAUCUGACAGCUGUUUCCAUAGAAACUAGAGAAGAAAUAGUCAUUUUCAGCAGAGUAGUUAAAACUGUCUUCCAGGCUUCAGCUGUGAGUGCCAGUGAGUGCUGUACUUGCUCAUUCUGAGAUGGUACUUAAUUAAGGAUCAGAAAUGUUCUUAGAAGGUAACAAUCCAAAUUGUUUAAUUUUCUCACAUCAUUAAUUUAGUAAUCCUAGAAGUCUCCUAGCUAUGUUUGUUGACCUUCUUCAGUUCUUUGAAGUGAGGGUGUCAGCCCUGACUUUCUUAUGCUCUGUGUAGUCUAGUGAUGGGUUCUUUGGAAGUGGAUGAAUAGAGUUCUUCCCCAUUCUUUACCUUUUCUUAAGGAUAAACCAAGGAUUAUGAACUGUCAGGCACUAUUUCUGUUCUAAGUGACACUGGAUUGUCAGUGAUGUAAAUAAUUUUUUUGCUUAUAUACAUAUAAUAUACCUUCUGUGUCAGUAGACUGCUUUUUAAAAAUUUCACAUAAAUUGUGAGAGAUGAGCAGGAGGAGUUUGCUUGACAUAUGAGCAGAGCUAGGUGUGCAUAGCCAUAAAGAGGAGAGCUUUUCUUUUCUGAGAAGGAUAAUCAAGCAAAAGAAAGAUGAACUUUGUCCAUGGAUUGCAGUAUGCUACUAGAAACUGUGUAUUUUUCCGAUUUAAUUUACUGACCAACUGGAGAAAAUGUAAUGCACUAGCUGUAACCUCACUGGACUGUCAUCAAGCACAAAUUAACCAUAUAGUAAAUAAGUGUCAGGGCCUUGGAGUAGAUCAGUGUGAUGGAUUGACUUCUCUGCCUGGAAACUUUAAUUUUUAUAGCACUUUUAAUAACAAAAGAACAGGAUGCCCCUCGAGGAUCAAAAGUAAGGACAUUUGGUUGAUUACCCGAAAACAUGCUGCAUGGAGUGACUUCUUUUCAAGACAGAAACUGAUAGAAGUUGCAGUAGUUCCUGCUCUUUCAGUAUUGCGUCAUGCAAACUAUUUUCCCACAAGAGAGAUCAGGAGUUUCCACACUUCUCCACGCGUUCAGGCUGCUCCCAUUCCUCUCUUGUUGAUAAUUCUUAAACCAGUGCAGAAACUACUUGCAAUCAUUGUUGGCAGGGGCAUAAGGAAAUGGUGGCGUGCACUUCCUCCUAACAAGAAGGAGCUGUUUAAAGAAAGUGUCAGGAAGAAUAAAUGGAAGUUAUUCCUGGGUUUGAGUAGUUUUGGAUUGCUCUUCGUAGUGUUUUACUUUACUCACCUGGAAGUGAGUCCAAUCACAGGAAGGACCAAGCUACUACUAUUGGGGAAAGAACAUUUCAGUCUUUUGUCAGAACUGGAAUGUCAAGCAUGGAUGGAAGAAUACAAAAAUGAUAUGCUAACUGAGAAUGAUGCCCAGUACCUGACCAUUAAAGAAGUGUUUUAUCAUUUAAUUGAAUGCAAUAAAGAUAUUCCAGGGAUCUCUGAGGUCAAUUGGAUUAUUCAUGUGGUUGAUUCCCCCGAUGUAAAUGCCUUUGUGCUUCCAAAUGGACAUGUGUUUGUCUUCACGGGGCUUAUUAGUGUGUCGGAUAUUCAUCAGCUUUCCUUCAUUUUGGGCCACGAAAUAGCACAUGCAAUACUUGAGCACGCUGCAGAAAAGGCCAGUGUGGUUCAUUUAUUGGAUUUCCUAGGUCUGAUUUUUCUCACAAUGAUUUGGGCCGUUUGUCCUCGAGAUAGCUUGGCAAUUUUGGGCCAGUGGCUACAGUCUAAAUUGCAGGAGUAUUUGUUCAGUAGACCAUAUAGUAGAACAUUGGAGGCUGAGGCAGACAAAAUUGGACUACAGAUUGCUGCAAAGGCUUGUGUGGACGUCAGAGCCAGUAUGGUGUUUUGGCAGCAGAUGGAACUUGCAGAUAGCCUCUCUGGUCAUCCCAAGUUGCCAGAAUGGUUGUCCACACACCCUUCUCAUGGAAACCGAGUGGAGAACCUAAAUAGACUCAUACCUGAGGCUCUCAAAAUUAGAGAGAUCUGUAAUUGCCCACCACUUUCUGGACCAGACCCUCGACUAAUGUUCAAACUCACCAUGAAGCAUUUUCUUGAAGAGUCAGAGAAAGAGGACCCAAAUAGCACUGUAAAGAAACAGAAAGUGGAUACCCUUCCUGAUCAAAAACAGAAGCAAAUACCGUUAACAUAAAUAGCUGAGACAAGAACUGGCAAUUGAAUUGAAAUAUAUGAGAUACCGGGUAUAUGAAGAAUACAGCAGUCCUUAUUAUUUUUAUGUUACUUUUAAAAAUGCUUGAAAUGAAAAAAAUUUAUAUUCAAAGUCAAAUCAUGUAUAUUACAGGAUAUUACCUAAAUUCUUCUAGGUAUUUUUCAUGAAAUAUUGAUGUAUUCUAAUCUAUUUUAAAAUAUCUUCAAUGAGGGAAAUGUCACAGAAUAAAUUUAUAUUACACAUUU